AUGAAGCUUCUUUUUGUCUCAGGUGAGUUGGAAAAAUCGAAAUUAUUUGUAAUUUGACGAAUCUUUCGCAGCUGUUUGCUUCGCCAUUGCCUUCAGUGCUCCUCAGCCAAAAAAAAGAGACGACCAAUGUGGAGCUGUCGACUUGAAAGUCUCCAAGAAAUACGUUCCAUUCCGUAGGACAACGUUUCGAUCCUAUAUGUGAACACAAAUUCAGAAGCUGACAUCACUUGUGAAAUUUGCUUGGACCUGGUUCUGAUCGCUGAAACUUACGCCGAAUGUGAAGAAGUGAGUUUAUGUUGUGAGCAAUUAAGAAUGGAACUUCAAGGCCGUGAUUGAGCACCACCUCGACGCCUACUGCGACGAGAAAGUUCACAGCAAACCUGCUGACGCCGCUUGCAGAGCCAUGGUCAACCAAAUUGCUCACGUUAGUUUUUCAAUCUGACUCUUUAUGAAAUAGAACAAUUUCUAAAAUUUUUGACAACAAACGUCACUCUACUUAAAAUGCUUCGAAUAAUUUCGGAACGUUCAAAAACUUGAAAAUGACGCGCUUUCAACAGUUCACAAAACAAAUAGAUUUCUAAGCGUCAUUUUCAACUCGUUUUUUUAAACUUAAACUGGUUCUGCAAAAUAAAAAAUCAGGCUGGAGCUAUUAGUUUUGAACCAGAACAAUUAAUAUUUCAUGGAUUAAUUAAAACAUAAUAGAAAAAAAUAAAAAAAUAAUUAAUUAAAAUCUGUCAAUAAAAAAAUUAAUAUUAGAAUUGCAGAUGAUGAAAAAAAUUUUUUUGAUAAUAUAAAUAUUUAUAUAGAACUACAUUCGAGGUUGGUCAGUGGGGUAUUAAACUAAAUUAUUUAUCGGACCAAGUUUUUUUAUGAUACCAUUCUUCUGAGAAAAAAUUGACAUCCAGUGAUUUUUGAAAAAAAGUAUGAAAAUGUAUAAAAUUAUUGAAAACAGGAACUUUCUGGUGCUCCAAAAAAAUUACCUCAUUUCAUAUUUUUCAGAGAACGAAAAAUGUGCCAAAAACAAAAUGUUAAAACUUGCGCUAUAAUCACUCAAUCCUAUACUACAAAAACCCAUGAAGUCCAAAUUAUUUUCAGAGUUUUCGGUUUUUUGCAGGAAGUUAUCACGGACACCGAACAAAAUGCUACGACAAUCUGCCACAAAGUCAUCCACAAGACCUGUACUUACACUAUUGUUUAG